AUGGGAGCCGCCCUACCUAAGAGUAUAUCUGUCUCUCUGUCGACGCUUGCUUCGACUGCUUAUAACACAUUCUCUCACUCCAUAUCUAUCUAUCUAUCUAUCUAUCUAUCUAUCUAUCUAUCUCAUUCUGUUCAUAUCUAUCUAACUAUCCAUCUAUCUAUCCCAGUCUGUUCAUAUCUAUCUAUCUAUCUAUCUAUCUAUCUAUCUAUCUAUCUAUCUAUCUAUCUAUCUCAGUCUGUUCAUAUCUAUCUAACUAUCCAUUUAUCUCACUAUAUAACAUCUAUCAAUCUACCGACCUACCUAUCUAUCUAUCUAUCUAUCUAUCUAUCUAUCUAUGUUAUCUAUAUCUAUCUAUAUAUGUCUAUUCAUUUCUUUCUAUCUAUAUAUGUCUAUUCAUAUCUAUCUAUCUAUCUCAUUCUGUUCUUAUCUAUCUAUCUAUCCAUCUAUCUAUCUCAGUCUGUUCAUAUCUAUCUAUCUAUCUAUCUAUCCCAGUCUGUUCAUAUCUAUCUAUCUAUCUAUCUAUCUAUCUCAGUCUGUUCAUAUCUAUCUAACUAUCCAUUUAUCUCACUAUAUAACAUCUAUCAAUCUACCGAUCUAUCUAUCUAUCUAUCUAUCUAUCUAUCUAUCUAUCUAUACAUAUCUAUCUAUCUAUCUAUCUCUGUAAGUUUUCUCAACUUUCCAAAUUCUUUUUGUCUUUCUCUAUCUCUCUCCCUCUCUUUCUCUCUUUCUUAG